GCUCAGGAUUGUAAUGAUAGCAACCAGCAUAGUAGCAAAGCUAGCAAGAUAUCAAAAGAAAUUUCUGGAAUCACCUGUCUGUUUAAGCGUGACCCAAAUAAGCUGUGGACCUCAGCUGCCAGAGCAAACGAGAAUCAAGCAUUUACUCAGAACUUACAUCUGCAAGGAAAGCAAAUAUCUGGUGUUACAGCAAAGCAAAUAAAACUUCAAGCUCCCAAAAAACCCAAAAGUUUUUUACGGCGUUCAAGUGAGCCCAACAACAAGCAAGUGAUUUCUGCACAGAAAAACUUGCUUACCAGAGAUUUAAACAGUGUCAAAGUCACCGACCAAACCAUCACGAGUGUCAGAACACUUUUCGUCCAAAGUCUGCAGAUUAAUCUCAAAUUUGUAACUAGACUAAGGCGAGUCAAUAUGGGACAAACAUUGUCAGAGCCGGUGACGAAGAAAGAAACUUCAAGUGAUGAAAAUCAUACACUAAAAGUUGGAGCUUCUUGUAUGCAGGGAUGGAGAAUCAACAUGGAAGAUGAGCAUGUACAUAAGCUAUGUCUUAAUGAUGAGAAAGACACUCAUUUCUUUGCAGUAUUUGAUGGCCAUGGUGGUCAGGCAUCUGCACAGGUGGCGGCCAAACAUCUCGACUCGUGUAUUGUUAACCACUCUGCAUAUAGGCGCGGAGAUAUACAGACUGCUUGUAAAGCAGGCUACCUUGUAUUAGAUGAUCUCAUAUUGAAGGAAUCAGUUGGAAAGGAAGAUGCUUCAGGCUGCACAUCAGUUUCGGUGCUAUUCAAAGGAAAUAAAAUGUAUUGUGCAAACGCAGGAGACUCGAGAGCUGUAGCAAGCUUAAGAGGACACGCUCAACUUCUUUCGUUCGAUCAUAAACCGAACCAUGAGAGGGAGCUAAAGAGAAUCAACGCCGCCGGAGGUUUUGUCGAGUUUAACCGCGUGAAUGGGAACCUUGCGCUUUCAAGGGCACUCGGUGAUUUCGUCUUUAAAAGAAAUGAACACCGCUCUGCUGAGGAACAGAUUGUCACUGCUGAUCCUGACGUGAUCGUGAAAGAAAUCACAAAAGAUCAUGAGUUUGUGGUGCUUGCUUGUGAUGGUAUAUGGGAUGUGCUUAGCAACCAGGAUGUGGUGGAAUUUGUUCGUGAGAAACUUGCCCAGCGGAUGGAUCCUGAAGUGAUAUGCGAAGAGCUAAUGAACCGAUGUCUCGCCACGGAAUGCGCGGUCGGUGGCGUUGGAUGCGACAAUAUGACGGUGCUUAUCGUCGCCUUUAAACAAAACGGGUCGUUUGAGGAACUGUGCCGCAAGUGCGCUGUCCCAAAGAGAGACCCAAUUCCACCGACAUGUCUUCUCGCCUCGUAUCCUGACUGUGUUAAAGGCGGCAUCAGCUGCCUUUAAUUUCACUCCACGCUUGCCAGCUACACAACACCGGACUUUCUUUUAAUCCAUUGUGGCCGAUGCGCAAAACAACCUCAUGCCGACUUCACAUAACCUCACAACGAUGAGAUAAUCUACCAGCAAGCCUCAGCAUUCUAGCUUACCCAGCAGGCAAAUAACGUCACAUGAAACGCUCCUACAAGGUUUCCAAAACAAGUUCAAUCCGUAUCAGUUCUAUAUUCCUCUUCAUUUUGUUGUUGUAAGUUCUGUGCUGUAAGCCAUUCAGAUUAGCCCCCUAUAUUGUUCACCAGCUUUCCGAGCACCGAAUAAUACACAGCAAGCGGCAUGCUGAACAUAGGUGCAUGUUAACUUUCGAAACCAGUUGCCUUAUUCAGCCACUUGGUCCAAACGUUGCCUCUAAGUUCGUCAUUGCACUUGCCAUCAGUUCCUCGCAAAAUUUUCAUUUAGGCGAGGUUUCGACCGAGCACUGUGACCUUUAAGUUUCACCGGCUGUUUUCCCAACCACCCAUGCUAUACCGUUGGUGCUCUAUCCAGGCUGGUUUCUACUGUAGCUCUCGGUACUUAACGUCUUCAACCCUACCCGGUUGACCACUGUGAUGCGAGUGGCGCAUAUAGCCUAACCAGGCCCACUGGAUAAGAAUUCUUAAACAAUGCCCCUCGUUGCUCGCUGCUCUUGUGUUUUGAACAACGUGUACCCGCAUCUAAUAUCAAUAAAUGAAGUGUAAGUUCC